UCUCCCUUUCAUCUCCUCCUGAUAUCAUCUUUCUCAGGAAUCUCCAGGCUCCUUGUUGUUGCCCUAAGGCACUUGUCGAGUGCCAAAUUCCAUCUCCCGCCCUCUCCUGAAGUGCCCCUCUGCCAGUGUUGCUCAAGGCCGACGUUGUAUAACUCCUUCUCCAGCUCUGCAGAUCCUGCCUCACUCCUCUGCCAACACUCCUGGUGUUCCUUGCUGCCAGCUUCUUGUGUCUGGGCUGUCAUCGUCGUUGCUGCUUCCCCGAAACAGGAAUGCAUUAAGGAAGGCAGGUGCUUUGGUGAAGCCAUGGCAGCUGUUAACCUGCGGAAAAGGAGCCACAGUUCCACUGACCCCGAUGAUUCACCCUUUGAGACUCCUACGAAGAAAGCCAUGAGACACUUUGCUGAAGGUCCACCUCCGCUUGCAAAAUUGAGAAAGCGUUGGUUUGCUUCUCAAAUAAACUGGACAUUGAGUGAUGAGGUGAAGGAAAAUGAGGUGAAGGCAUCGAGGAGGUUGGAUAUUUCACCCCUGCAGACAGCCAGAUCUCCUGUAGCCAUGCAGGGAGAGUCCUCAAAGAAAGUAUCCCCUGAACCUGCUUCAUCAUACAAACCUUUUCUGUCCGUGGCGUCCUUUUACAGCAAGGAAAAGCGAUACCUUACUCCUCUUGAGAGGAAGGAACUGAACGAGAUCCGUGCUUUGGGUGAGUGGAACAGGGGUGAAAAUCUCCCAGCUGCCAGCAAGAUGGAGAAUAGGAGUAGGAAUACAAACUCCAAGCCAACCAAGCACACAACCAGCUCCAAGCGUGGCAAAACCAUUUCCAAAACAAUGAAGAAUGUGAAAGGGGAUGGAGCAUCCGGAAAACCCCAUGCCGAGAAAGAGAAUGUGAGUUGCCUAAUCAAAAAGAAGAUGGAUUCACCUUUCAGAGUCCUAAGCCUGACGGUAAAACCAGCCCUGAAACUCCAGCUGGGAGCAGCUUUCUUUUCUGUUGGGAAGAAAUCGCAUUCUAAAAAAACAGUUGUAGACACAAAAUCCCUCCAAGUUCUUCCCAAAUCUCCACAAGGAAAUAAUCAGCCUGAACUAGCAAUCAAUGAAAACUCAAAUACAGCUGAGAGAAACGCAACUCUUGAGGUACCGAGAAGUGUUCCUGCACCUCAGAAGGAGGAAAAUGGAAACAGGAAGGACUCUCCAAGCUGUGUGAAUGAAGAGACAGGUUCAGCAUGCGAAGGAGAAACAUUGCCACAGAAAAGUGGAAGCCGCUCCAGCCCAUUUUGUGAUUUCAAGUCUCCUGGAGCUGGCAAUGCAGAGGGCGGGGAUGUUGAAGAGAUUGGUUCUUCUGCAGCCGAGGAGUUGGAUGAUUGCGUCGUUGUUUCAAGCCAACCUCCGCCUAAGGUGAAUGAGCGAGCAGCUCCUUCCAAUGCUGUUUACCCCAUCUUCAAUGCAGCCCCCACCAGCAAGAAAAGGAUGCAGGCUGCACUGGAUGAACUGACUUCUCCCUUCGGAUCCAGCCCACCGACAAAACCAUCUCACACCUUCCAGAAAAGCAAGAAGCCAAAAGAGCUCUGCAAGCGCUCCUGGGAUCAGAUGAUCAUUGAUGCUGGUCAGAAGCAUUUUGGUGCCGUAGUUUGCAAGUCAUGCGGCAUGAUCUACACAGCCGCCAGCCCGGAGGAUGAAGCACAGCACAUUCAACACCAUGAGAGAUUCCUCGAGGGACUCCGAUAUGUGGGUUGGAAGAAAGAACGAGUCGUGGCAGAGUUCUGGGAUGGGAAAAUCGUAUUGAUUCUUCCAAAUGACCCCAAAUACGCUGUCAAGAAGGCAGAAGACAUGCGAGAAAUUGUCGAUAAUGAGUUGGGAUUUAAGCAGGUUUCUUUGAGCUGCCCAGACAAAUCUAAAAUAUACCUGUUUGUUUCCAACGAGAAGAUGAUUGUUGGGUGCUUGGUGGCUGAAUCAAUCAAGCAGGCUUUCCGGGUGCUGUCAGAGCCCGGAGCUCCGAUGUCCCCCAGCAAAGAUGCCCUGCAGCACCAGCGGGCCUGGCGCUGCUCCACGGAGCCGGAGCCGGCUGUCUGCGGCAUCAGCAGGAUCUGGGUGUUCAGCCUGAGACGCAGGAAAGGCAUUGCCCGACGCAUGGUGGAUGUGGUCAGGAGCACCUUCAUGUAUGGCUGCUACCUGAGCACCAAUGAGAUCGCCUUCUCCGACCCGACACCAGAUGGGAAGCUCUUCGCCAUGAGAUAUUGCCAAACGCCCAAUUUCCUGGUUUACAAUUUUAUUUAUAACAACUGACUUUAACUGA